CUCUUUCUUUGUAUUCAACUUUGAUUGAAGGUGAAUUUAACUCUUUUUUACUGAGGUCUAUCGGAAACAGCCUCUCUACCCUACAAAGGUAGGUAGGGGUAAGAUCUGCGUACAUCCUAUCCUCCCCAGACUCUACUUAUGGGAUUACACUGGAUAUGUUGUUGUAGUUAUAUAUAUAUACGCUCUUGUGUUUUGUUGGUAUUGAAAAUCUUGACUUUUAAUGGAAUCAUUGAAGGCGAAUUAACUCAUUUGAAAGGCUAGCGGUCAAUCACGAUAUCUCCUUUCUUUGUUUUGCUAUAAGUUCCAAUUUUCAUUCACGGUUAGUUAAUUUAUGGAAUUUAUAAGUCUUUGUUUUUAUUAAGAACGACAUACAUUAUAUCUGUGUAUAUGCAUUUUGGUUUUGUGGGUAUUCAAAAUCUUGGCUUUUAACGGAAUCAUUGAGGCGAAAAAUUCUAAAAGCUUAGCAGCCAAUCAAGUUAUGCCCUUUCUUUGUCUUCAGCUUUUACUGUGAUAAAUUUCACUUUUAACUGGGUAAUCACUCCAUCUAAAAGGCUUGCUUUAUUUAUAUAAUUAUUGUGGCUUCGACAUAAGUUAUGAUGAAAGGUUAUUGUUAUUUAAAGUUUACCUCCAAAAAAAAGGUUAUUGUUAUUUAAAGUGAUGAGGUCUUCUUUAUAGAGUAUCAAGUGUUAGGACUUCAGAUAAAGCUGACUCUUUUCCCCUUCAAAAAUGAUAUUUCAGCUGGAUGUAAUGGAAUUCGUAACAAGUUAUAGGUUUUUGUAAUUUCAGAUGUGUGUGAAUGUAAUAAUUCAAGUGUUCUAGUUAUCUUUUAUAUUAAUAGUAGAAAACAAACAUUGGCAUAAUAACAAAGUUGCUCCUUUGGUUACAUGCUGGUUAUCUAUUAAUACGUUGAAACAACCUCUUCGCUUAAAUCCAAAGCGAAGGCUGCAGAUAAUAUUUGCCCGCCUUUCUACCCCGUGAAGCAUUUCACCUUAAUCCAAUUAAAAUGGCGCGACACCCCUUGGAGGGCUUUGAAGUUAUGUAUGAAGUUCAGCGUUUACCGAGAGAGAGUGCACUCCAUUUCAAAAGGGAGAUUAGAGAAUCGACAGAUAUCGAUGAAGAUUAUGCACAUUUUUUGAUGCUUUCCCUUGACUAUCAUAAAGAGUCCACAAAUGAUGGCGGAAAUGAAGGUCCCGCUGUUGUUAGAGAUAAGUUUAAUAAUGAUGUGGACGAGUUUGAGGACGAAUACGAGGAUGAGGAUGAUACAGAUUGCAUGAAGUUUUUGGCUAAUGUUACGCCAAAGGAGAACUCAUAUGUGCUUAAAAUCGAUAGAAGCGAUGGGUCUCCUGUGAUUGUAAAGUACGAGAAAGAAGGUGGAUCUGAUGAAGAGUACGAACAUUUGGAACGGGGAAAACAACAUGACACUGGGGAUAAGAAGGAUUUGGAUAAAGUAGCAAGUCAGCCAUUUUCAAAAACUGUCCUGGAAAAUGACAGUGAUAUUGGGCCUUUUGGUCUUGUUACUCAGAAGGAAAAAGGGCGUGUGAACGGUGCAUUAAAAAGGCGUCGUAAGGGUGAGGCAGCUGAUGUAGAUGGAGAUGAUGUCAUACUUCCGGAGAAACAUCACAACUCUUCUUGAGAGGACUUGCAAUCAAAAUGCCUACUCUAAAGAAUAUGGACAUGCGUAAUGGGUCGACAAGGCGGUUGGGAAAAUCAUAUUUGGAUCAUUGUAAAGGUGAGCUAAACAUCUUAAAUUUUUUUCUGCAUUGAUGCUAAGUUUUACUUUAAGUUUUAUAAUUUUGGUAGUACUCCUCCUUGACUUUUUCAAAAAUUUGCAAAUUUGUUCAUCAAAUGGUUGUAAUUCCUCCUGAUGUGGACAUAUUUGUUAGUUUUCUCUUCGAUAAGGAAUUAUUGUGUUAAUUUUCCUUUCUACCUUUUAAAAACAAUUUAAAUUCCUCAGCCCCUGAACUUCAUUAUAUAAUUUCUCAGUUGCUAUUGCAAGAUUUUAUGUCAACUGAAAAGAAGAACAAUUAUUAAAAUGUAGUAAGAAGUAUCAUAGUUAAACAACAACAACGAAAAAAAAAAAAAAAACACAACACAACCAACCAAAAUUAAGUAUAGUUUCUUUUAAAUUAAGGUGGUUUUUUCUAAGAUUCAAUUACUGCAAGAUUUGUGGAACUCUUUUCAGUUCUACUACCCUGGUAUAAUGUUACUCUAUUGCGCAUGCGAAGGUGUGGAAUUAUUCUUGACUAUACAUGUAUCUGUUGAAACUCUUAAAUAAGAAAUGAAGACAAAUUACUUAAUAAUAUAAUGAUGUCAUACUAUGGUAACCUUCCAAGUUUGAAGUGGCUACCGAAUACAGUGAAUUUGGUGGUGUGAUAACUGCCUCCUCAUAAGCAAAAGGUGGUGAUGGCUAGUUUUAAGAAGAAUAAAAAAGGAAAAGAAGCUAUGAUGCACUUCAAGCUUUGGCUAAAAAAUUUAACAUUCUCUCUUGUACAAAUAAUCAGUUGUGACCCAAGAAGGUUGUCCAUGUAUGGAUACCAGGUUACCCUUGUGCAAGAAUGGAAAAAAGGUGAGAAAAUACUGUUUACUAGGUGAGUAUCCAAGAAAACAGCCAAAAAUUGAUACCUUUCGCACCCAUAGAUGGUUGUUUUAUCUGCUUCAUGAAUACCUAGCUACCUUGUCAUGGUGAAUUAGAACCGGAUUCCAGAUAUUUCCCCCAGUUCCUGUCAACUUAUCAAAAUUCUUUGGAGAAGACUUCUCGCCCCUGAGUUCUUUUGGAGUGAUAAUGCAAUCUAGUAACUGAUGAAAUAUUCCUAAGAGCCUCAAACCAAUUAAAAGCUAGCCGAUAUAUACAUGCAGAGGAAUCUCCAUUGAAUUAUUUUUCUUGGGAGAGGGCAAAUAUGCUAGUUAGUAGAAGUAUUAAGUAUAAUAAUUUGUUAAAGUUCUAACUUUAGCAUAUAUCGUGGUCAUUAAUAAUACGUUUUCUCGAAUUGAAUGUUCAUAUCUUAUGCAUGAACCGGAAGGUAAAUAAUUUCAUUAACAAUUGGGGAAAACCCUGUAUACAAGUCAUAUAAAGAAAAGAACCUACACCAUAAUAUGGUUCUCAACAAAUGCGAUCCAAUCCUCUGUACAAAUAGGGACCUCGUAAGUACACCAAAAAGAAACUAGAGAUAAAACUCUACUUUGCAAUUUUGCAAAAUCUAGUUCCGCCCCCUCAAAUGCCUUUCUGUUCUUCUCUUUCCAAUGGACCCACAUAAUUGCUAAGGGUGAAACGCACCAUGCCCUCAGGCUUCUCUUCCCCAUUCUAUGAGUUCAACUUUCAAAGCCUCCUUCACUGUACCCGGCAUCACCUAUUGCAUCCUAAACAAAUUGAGGGCCACCCUGGAUGAUCAACUAGCCACCUUACAAUGCAAAAGAAGAUGAUCUACACUUUCGCUAGCACUCUUACACAUAAAGCACCAGCUAACAUAGGUGUUCUUCCUCUUGCUCAGAGUUUCUGCGGUUGAGAUCACACCCGUUGUCGUUAAUCAUACAAGGAAAUAGACCUUCCUCGGUGUUCUAGGGAUUCAAAUGGAGUCACAGAGGAUAGUACAUUCCUCCCUCACUAGUAACCUCUUAUAAUAAGGGCUAAAAUAAUCAUUCUAAAGGGAGGUCCAGUGGUGUCAAAGUCGCGGUUAAAAAGCGUUUAAGCCCAAAAGGGAGGUGCAAAACAUGUUGAGCGCUUCACCUUGCUUGGCAGGAACUUCAAUGUCGUCAUCAAGGCUCUAAGACAUAUUUUUCCUUGCCAAUGAGUGGAAUCUUGAAGAGGAGACACUAAACUAUUGAUAUUUCACUUUAUCGUAAUUUUUGUGUCCAUAUACUCCCCCCGUUCCAAUUUAUGUGACGCUCUUUCCUUUUGAGUCAUUCCCAAAAGAACGAUACCUUUCUAUAGUAAUAAUUUAACUUUAGACAUCCCAUUCUACCCUUAAUGAUAUGAUUUAUAGCCACACAAAUAUCUAUGCCUUAUUUUAGACCACAAGCUUUGAAGUUUUUCUUCCAUUCUUAAACUCCGUGCCCAAUCAAACACCUUCACAUAACUUGGGAUGGAGGGAGUAUUUGUUAUUCAUACUUAAAGUUAUUAGUCUUGGACUAGACAUACAUAUUUGUAUGUUUUCUCCAUUUGCGCCUUUCAUCAUGAAAGCCCCUCUAUUUGCGCUUAAAGCCCAAGGGACCUUGUUCUUUUUCCCAAAGAAGUCCUGCUCCAAAGAGCUUUUUGCGCUUUUCGCCUUUGACAACACUAGGAAGGUUUUAGUGUUUAUGUCUAACCCAAAAAAGAAAAGAAAUAUGAAAUCCAAUUUCACUUUAGAACAUGGCUUCGUCUCUUCGUUUUUUUUUUCUCCAAAACCAGUUACAUAAAAGGAAAAAAGUUCAACAUCUGAAGUUAAAAAAUUGCUAAUAGGACAACAUAGUUAUCUAUAUAUGUGAGAGAGGAAAGACGACAAAUUACAAACUAUACGCAUUUAUAAUCCUAAAAUAAUCUCUAUUCCUUUUUUGGAAAAACUGUAACUAAUAUACUUGUUAUGUCAUCCUAAACCAAUAUCCUUUUUUCCCUAUGGUGAAAUCUUCUUUCAACAUUUUUAACUCUUAUUACCAAAAAGAUAUAUAUUAAAUGCCACGAAGGGAAACCUUGGAGGCUGGAACAACGGUAAAGUUGUCUCCAUGUUACCUAUAGCUCACGGGUUCGAGCCGUGGAAUCAGCCACUGGUGCUAGCAUUAGGGUACGCUACCUACAGGCUACAUCACACCCCUUGGGAUGCGGCCUUCCUUGGACCCUUUGUGAACGUGGGAUCCUUCGUGCACCGGGCUGUUCUUUUUUUUUUUUUU